UGCAAGAUGAGCCCAUCGAUUCGGCUUAGCUCAGACCCUGGCCAGGAACCAGCGGAGUUACCAUUUGCCAAAAGUGGUUCAACGACGCCUUGCUAGCUUGCAUGUUUGGUGUGCUUCGCCGUUUAGCCCAUUUGAUCCCCUUCUCACACACCCGCCAUUCCACACCCGCCACCACUACCGGCGUCUUGGUGCUGUUACUGCUGAUGCUUCUAAUCCUGGUAUUGGUCUUAGCGCUGCAACUCUGCAGUCGAUCGCUUCGGUGGAUCCGGCACCAACCAGGCUUUGUGAACCAUUACAGCUCUUUACGCUUCAAGUCCACUCUAAACUCCUAUUGGCACCGACUAUCAGGCAUUGCAAUGAAGGGAAAGCAGCUUUCCGGGCAGGUUCCUCGCAUCUCACAGCUCCACCUUCAGGGCAGAAUGAGAGAAAGCCCUAUGGGGGUCGGGGGUAGACGACAAAGAACGUUGGAGCUAGCCAUGUGUCCUAGUACCCGGCUUGGUCUGGCGAUGGUAUCAGAUGGCCCUAGAGUCAGACCGACUAGCAUUGCUCAUUGCAAACGAUAAGUUCAGGCUGCAAAGACGUGGGGAGUCUGGCCCAUCGUCAGCACGGGAAGCCCACCCCAUCCCAUGCAGCCACCUUGAGCUGUGGACUGGACACCUUGGACCUUGUUCUCUCACCUGGUCCUUUGUUGCUCAUCCAUUCCCAUCUCAACGGAACAGUUUACAUCCGCUGACAACCGGGCCGUGUAUUGGCAUUCUCAUGAUGAACCCCCAUCGACAACGCCUUGCGAAGGCUCCUCAUCAUUUCGAACUGAGUCACUUGCAGCGUUUCGAUGCUGCGAGACUAUAGACACAAUAAGCUUCAUCCAUGUUGGUUGCAGGCAGACUUUUCCA